AUGAGUGCACGUUUUAGUUUACCCUUUUGAAUAGGAAAAUAUCAACUCCAAUGAAUCCAAACCAUAUUCAUUAAAUACUUGUCUCCUUUAAUUUCUUCUUCCCCAAAAUCUCUAACUUUUUGUCUAACCACCUAACAACACACUUUCACACAUACCCUCUUGCCACAUCUAAUGGAACAACCAAUUCUCAACAAGAAUGGAAAUGGAAAUGGAAAUUAUGAGUAUGAAAUGAUUAUUAAAUGGUUUGAAGAUGUGUCUAAGAAAGCAAGCUCUGUUCAAACUCAAAUACUAAGCAAUAUUUUGAAACAGAACCAUGGUGUGGAAUAUCUUAAGAAAUGGUUGGGGGAUUAUAAUGUGUUAGAGAUGGAACCAUGUGCAUUGGAAUCACUUUUCACUUCUUUGGUACCAAUUUCUUCACAUGCUGAUUUUGAGCCUUUUAUUCAAAGGAUUUCUGAUGGGGACACUCAUGCUUUGCUCACUCGACAACCUAUAUUAUCAUGCAGUUUGAUUCCGUUGCUUACCAAAACUUGUGGUCAUGUUCACAUUUGUAUGAAUGAGAAUAACAUACAUAGUGCAUAUAAAAAUUAUACGUUGGAUAAGAUAUAUUAUUAUUAUAAUAAGGUGCUAUUUAUGUGGUGGUGGUUUUGCAGUUCUGGAACCACAGAGGGGAGGCAGAAAUUCGUACCCUUUACUCAACACAGCGCUCAAACCACGCUUCAAAUUUUCACUUUAUCAGCAGCCUAUAGAUCAAGAGUUUAUCCCAUAAGGGAAGGAGGAAGGAUUCUAGAAUUCAUAUAUGGCAGCAACUGUUUCAAAACAAAAGGAAAUUUAACAGUAGGAACAGCCACAACACAUUGCUAUGCAAGUGAAGAAUUCAAAACAAAAAACCACAAAACAAACUCAUUAAGUUGCAGCCCUCAAGAAGUAAUUUUUAGUGGUGACUAUAAACAAUCCACAUAUUGCCACCUUCUUCUAGGCCUAUUCUAUUCAAAUCAAGUUGAAUUUAUCACCUCAGCUUUUGUCUACACCAUGGUACAAGCUUUCACCAAUUUUGAAGAACUUUGGAGAGAAAUUUGCAAUGACAUUAAAAAUGGAACUCUAAGUUCAAGAAUUAAGUCACCAAAAAUGAGAGAAGCAAUUUUGGACAUUAUUUCUAAAUGUCCAAACACAAAUUUGGGUUCAAAAUUAGAAGCUUAUUGUGAGGAGUUAGAGAAAGUUGAUUGGUUUGGUUUGGUUCCAAAACUUUGGCCAAAUGUUAAGUAUUUGUGUUCAAUAAUGACAGGAUCUAUGACACCAUAUUUGAAAAAACUUAGGCAUUAUGCAAAUGGGUUGCCUUUGAUUAGUGGUGAUUAUGGAUCAACUGAGAGCUGGAUUGGGGUUAAUGUUGAUCCUUGUUUGCCUCCUGAAGAAGUUACAUUUGUUGUUGUGCCUACUUUCUCUUACUUUGAGUUCAUACCUCUUCAUAGAAAUCAAUAUGAGAUUUGUGAUGAUUUCUUGGAAGACAAGGCAAUUCCACUAUCCAAGGUUGUGGUUGGACAACAAUAUGAAAUUGUGCUCACAACUUUUACAGGAUUGUACCGAUGCAGAUUAGGAGAUGUAGUAGAAGUGGCAGAGUUUCACAAUGGGACCCCAAAAUUGAACUUUAUAUGCAGAAGAAAGCUAAUUCUAACAAUAAACAUAGACAAAAAUACAGAGAAGGACCUUCAACUAGUGGUAGAAAGAGGGUCACAAAUUCUAAAUAAAGCAAAGGCAGAGGUUGUUGAUUUUACUAGCUACGCGGAUGUCACAAACCAACCGGGACAUUAUGUUAUUUAUUGGGAGGUCAAAGGUGAGGUUGAGGACAAUGUUUUUUAUGCUUGUUGUAGGGAAAUGGACCUAUCUUUUGUGGAUCAUGGGUAUGUGGUUUCAAGAAAAACCAAUUCAAUUGGCCCUUUAGAACUUUGCAUUUUGGAGAGAGGGACUUUCAAGAAGAUUUUGGACAAUUUCAUAGCUAAAGGAGUGGCAUUGAACCAAUUUAAGACACCUAGGUGCACUAACAAUCAUGUGCUUCUCAAAAUUCUUGACUCUUGUACCACUAAAAGGUUUCGUAGCACAGCUUAUAGUUCAAAUUAACUAUAAGUGAUUUCUUUUCUCAAAUAUAUUUAUGGAUGAGUCAAUCUAGACGUAUAAAAUAAAUUCAAAUAAAAAUUAAAUACUUUUGAGAAAAUAUAAAGAGAAAAGAAAUCACGAUACAAAUAUUUUAUAAUAUAUGCAUGUAUUUAGUGAUAUAGUUUCUUAAUUUAAUUUAGGGAAAUUGCCGAACUAGAAUGGAAUCUUUCUUGGCAUUUCCUAGUAAUGUUGUGGUCUGGUGGUUAAUGGACUGUUUUAUAAAUGUCAAGCCAUUAUGGACUUUGUAAAACAUUUUUUUUUUCUGUUCA